AUGAUCAAGUACGUGUGGCAUGUGGCAGCAUUGAUGAUUGUCUUCUGCUGGCUGCCAGGCUCGCUGGCUCGCAGCACAAGCUAUCAUCAAAUGAAUAGCCUGCCGCUCGAAUCACAGCAGAAGACACAACACCAGCAGCAACAGCCUGCCAGUGCGCCCAGCUUAUGGAAGGACUUGUCGCUGGUCUAUCGCAUUUAUCAGCAGUGCACGGGCGAGAACAUGUCGGUGUGUCUGAAGGUGAAGCUGCUGACCGGACUGGAGAAGGCCUUCCGCUCAAGCAGAUCACUGUCGCUGCUCGAGGGCAUACAGUUUGUCAGCAGCGGCGACGAGGCACAGAAGCGCAGCCAACUGCCGCCUAUUAAUGAACAGGAUAUAGAGGCAGUGCUGCCGCGCAGUGUGGACGCCAAGGAACAGGUGCUCAACAGCAUGAUUUUGAAGCGUGUCAGCAGCUUUCUGCAGGAUCACACACUACAGAUUAAGUUUCCGGAUUUGCGCGAAGCCGACAGCAACUCGGUGGAGGGACGCAAGAAGAAAGACAAGAAAGGCAGUGGCGCCUAUAUAAUGAUACCACUGCUGCUGGGUGGCACGCUGGUGCCCAUUGCCUAUGGCGCUCUAGCCAUGCUGGCUGGCAAAGCGUUGAUUGUCUCCAAGCUCGCCUUGGUGCUGGCCUCCAUUAUUGGCAUUAAGAAGCUGCUGAGCGGCGGUGGCGGCGGCAAGGAAUCCUCGCAUGAGGUGGUGGUCUCCUCUGGCAGCCAUUCGGGCUGGGGACGCGACUUUGACAUGGCGUACAGCGGCUGGAAGCCCGCCAAGGAGGCGGCUGUUGGCAGCUCCAAGAGCUUGUAG